AUGGUCUUUGCUUGGGAUCUCGUCCGUCCACAAUUCCACGCCGCGCUUUGUCUACAUUCGAGUAUAUCCCCGAAUAAAAGCCUCCGCAACACCAGCAUUAUCCCACCCAGACCUCUACAAAAGAAAUAUCUUCGUCUCAGAAGACGACCCCUCUCCACAAUCACAGCCAUCAUCGACUGGCAAUCCGCCAGCAUCGAACCGGCGUUCUGGUAUAGCGACGAGAUACCGGAUUUCGCAACAGGAGACGAGAUAUACGCUCACGCAUUCAAUCUCUGCUCCCAAUUCCACACACCCACCGUCUCCGGACCUAGACUGAUGGACGAGAAUCUUCUUCGACCCUUUCGUUACAGCUACAGAAUGUGGAAGGAUGGCGCUGUAGCCCUACGUCACGAGUUGAUUGAGACUGCUCAACGUUGGAAACAACUGGGGUUUGCAGGAGGAUGUCUAUUCGCUUUACUUUUACCUUCGUCAAAGAAACUCGUGGAUCAUGAGAAGGAGUAUAGGCUCUUUGUAGCAGCGCAGGAUCUGAGACGGGACCUAUCGGGCUUGCUUGAUACUGCGACUGAUGGAUGGGUGCCGCCAGAGGAGUGGGAGGGGACUAAAGCUGCGCACAGGCGGCUUUUCAAUGGGGCGUUGCAGGAAGUAUUAAUGACUGCCAAGUUUGACGUUGAUAAACCUGUAACGGACGAGGCAAUUCUUGGGUCAAUCUGGCCUUCUGAUAUCUAAUGUGGUAAAUAAUGAGACGUUGUGUAUACAGCUUCAUGCUCGAGGG